AUGUUCAACGACAAUCUUAACUUGAACAUUAGUGAUUUAGAGACAAAACUAAAUGUACUGCAAAAGGAACGUCAGGAUCAACUAAACGAGAUAGAAGAUUUAAAAAAGAAAAACGUAAAAGAAAAAGAAAUUAUCUAUGAAAAGGAAAAUGAGACAAAAAUGCUCGUUUCUCUAAGCAAAGAAUUGGAAACAUUAAACAAUGAGAAAAUGGCCUGUGAAUUAAAGCUUGCCGAAUCAAAACAACAAACUGCAGUGUCCGAACAAACUUUACGUAGUCUUGAAAACAGUUUAAUACUGGCCAAAGAUGCGUUAAAGAAAUCCAACGAAAUGCAGUUGUCGAGUUUGUCAGAAAAUUCAAUUACAAAGCAACAGGUUAGUUCGCUAACCGAAGAAGUAAACGUUUUAAAAUCCCACCUGUUGGCGAAAGACCAUCAAUUAAACCUAUAUGAAGAAGAUAAAAAAAUGUACGUGUCUACUUAUGAGGCCAAAACACUUGACCUACAAAAACAGCUACAAACAAGUAAACAACAUUACGAAGAAAAAAAGUAA